AUGUCAUUCUCGGCCCCUCUACUCACCCUACUGGGUCUGUCUCUGCUCACGGCCCCAACGGCAGCGCAGCAAGAUCCCGUAGCUGAUUUCUGCCGGCGGUUUGGACAUCAGACAGCUGUUGUUGACGACAAGCUGUUCAUCGACGGCGGCCUCGUCAACUGGAACCCCUUUUCGUCGUUCCCUUCCAAUUACACCAACACAUGGCUCCUCUACCAGGACCUCUCCACAACAGCGUCCUCGGGCAUGCCCCCUCUCUACGCAAAUCUCUCCAAGAACGGGUCCAUUCCCAAUGUUUCUGGCGGCUCUCUCUGGUCCGACUCGGUGAACAAGCGACUCUAUCUGUUCGGCGGCGAGCACAAUCUCGGGGAGCCUCCUUUGCCCUUCAACCUCUACGGUUACGACAUCCUGAACAAUCAAUGGGAUUCCUUCGGUCCGUCUCGGACGGGAGCUUCAAUCUCCAAGGUAAGCUACGGCGCGGGAGUGUCCGUCGAUAGCCGCGGCGAGGCGUAUUACUACGGCGGAUGGCUGAGCAACAACUCUGUUCCGCAAUGGGGCACCGGCCCGCCGGUGGCCACGACGGGCUUGGUAAAGUAUACCAUGGACACGAACAGCUUCGCCAAUAAUACCGGCCCUGACAACAUACGGCGCGCCGAGGGCAGCUUGCAGUACAUCCCCGCGGGGGACGGCGGGAUGUUGGUCUACUUUGGGGGCAUCCAGGACCUGACCGCCAACGGCACGGCAACGGGCCAGCCCAUGGACGAGAUCUUCCUCUACGACGUACUCAGCAGCAAGUGGUACACACAGAAAGCCUCGGGCCAGGUCCCGGAGAUGAGGCGGCGCUUUUGCGCGGGCGUGACGUGGGCCCUGGAUCAGUCGUCUUACAACAUCUACAUGUACGGCGGCGCAACGGUCCCCGGCGUGCCCGGCGCAGGAUACGACGACCUCUACGUGCUCUCGAUGCCAACCUUCACCUGGGUGAAGAUGUACCCCCUCGGCCGCAACGGCACAGGCGACUAUCCGCACCAUUCGCUAUCCUGCAACAUGGCCCCCGGCCGGGCGCAGAUGCUCAUCUCCGGGGGCACGUUUCCGCUCACGCAGCUGUGCGACUCCCCGGGCCAGUGGGGAACCCACAACGCGGACCUGGGCAAACAGAACCCGAACCAGGCCCUCUGGGAGCUGUACAAGCCCAACAAGACGACCUACGCCGUGCCGCCGGAAGUCCUUGCCGUCGUGGGCGGGGACGGCAACGGCGGCGCGACCAAGACGACGCCCGCCAACGGGUUCGAUUACACCGACGUCGGCCUGUUGAUCACACUCAAGGCCGACAUUGCCGUCCGCACGCCGACGAGGGCCGUUGGAGCGUCUAUCACGUCGGCCCCGAGCGCGAGAUUCUCCACGAGAGCCAUCAUCGGCAUUGGCAUCGGCGCCGCGGUUCUGGUUAUCGCGCUCGCGGCGGGGUUCUACUUCCUCUUCCGCAAGUGCCGCGAGCAACGGCACCACCACCAACACUCCAAAAGGCCGCCGCCGCCUGGGCCGAGUCACGCAUACCACGCCCAGAGCAUGUCGGACGCGUGGUCGCCGCCCCCGACACACCUCAGCCCUGUGCCCUCGCCCUUCGCACCACCGUACGGCCACCCGGCCUCCUCCUCCUCUCCGCCUCCGUUGUCCGGAUACCCCCAGUCUCCGCACCCGAUGUCCCCACACACCAUACCGUCGCACACGGGCCUGCCGGUCGAGCUGUCUUCGGAGUCGUCGCACUCGACGCCGGGGGCCACGUUGGGGGGCAUGCCGACGCUGACGCACAUGUCGUCGACGGCGUCGUACCCGCCGCAGCAGGCUUACUUCUCCGAGACGACGACACUGCUGAACCAGCCGCAGUACGACGCCCACGGCAACAUGUGGGUGCCGCAGGUCAGCAUGGUCCAGGUCGCCACGGGGGUGAGCCCCCCGCCGGUGUCUGGACACACGCCGGCGAGGGGCGACGAGAAAACGGCGCCUGAGCCCGCGCCUAGUCAGGAGCCGCAGGAGCUGAGCGCGGACCCGGAUGAUCGUGCGGAGACGGGGACGCAGCACCACACGUAUUACAACAAGUAGAGGUACAUGCUACGCAGUCGGGUGUUUAGGGCUGUGCUCGUCUAAAAGUGUAUAAAAAGAUUUUACCCAGAAGGGGCAGGAGAGCAGCGGGCGUGAAUUGCGUGCUUCUCUGCGUGUUUGACAUAUCCACACGCGAGCAGGCUGGGGGGGGGGGGGGGGUUUCCCUUGAUGAUUCCCAUGUGGAGUUUGGGUCCGGAGUAGUAGAUCAGUCAUCAAAGAGUGAUUCAUUUAGAUAUUUGACGCCUAGCGUAGUAUUCGAACCACGCAUGCUGUUAGAUCAUCAGGGUCCGAGAUGACGAUGGACCUCGUGGAGACACCGUGAGUCGUGCAUGAGCUGCGGUGGCCCGGAGUCAGCUCCGGUGCUGCGGACUUCUUCACCGGUAGGCGACAUUGGAUGAUGCACGAACGCAGCAGAGUCGAGAAGAAUGCAAGAUCCAAGUCCACUGCAAAAGCUCAUUGUCCUAAAUAAUAAUAAAAAACCCCCAAAAAACGCCGUUGUGGACAUGUCUCAAUCAGUCGAGCGCCGACGGAACCAGCGGCUUGAAAACACCACCCGUCAAGAAUAACACCGAAGAUAACACCGUCGCCAGCAUAACCUCCCAGGAUCACACGAAAUCGCAGGGAUGAGAGUCAGGUUUCCUCGACGGUUCUUUGGGUGACACUGGACCCCACCGCGUCCAACUUCCCACCUCCCUCUCCCUCUCCCUCUCGCUUCCCCGACCGACGCCGAGAAAGCGGAGAUCCGGACCCACUCCGAAUAA